AUGGACGGCUAUGAAAACUCUCACGGUCGCGUUGGCGACUACCCAGGCUCUUCAUACCAGGAAGYCCAGCCGCCAAUAGACCCCGCCAUCGAUCCUCGACUUUUCGACUCUAGCUAUCUUGCCCUAGAGCCCGGCUCAGAGGACGUGGGCUUUGAAGACUCUGGCCAAUAUGCUCCCCUUGACACGACGUCCAUGUCCAUUGGCCAGCGGAGACUCCUUCAAGAGCAGGUCGAUCUAAGCGAUUCCAACGACGAGUCUGAUGAUGUUGAUGAUUACGAUGACGAUGAAGAUCACGACCGGCUCUGGGACGAAGGGAAGGAAGUAUAUGAUGAAUACUCUGCUAUGAGAGCAGCUCCUGAAGACCCGGAUUACCAGGCUUCUACUGAUCCUGAAAGUGAAGAGGAUGAUAGCAACGACGCCAACGACGCUUCGCCCCGUCCGCGGAAACGGCGUCGCAGGGGCCAUGGCCCAUUCAGUGGUCGUUAUGGCGCCCGAGGAGGAAAAGGCAUCAAGCGAGGGCCAAGGCGGCCGCUUGAACCCAGUCCGGAGUUCAAAAUGCUCCAUUCACAGGCUACUGAAGCAUUCAUCGACGGAGACUAUGAACGCGCAACUGAACUGGUGCAGCAAGCCAUUCUUGUCAAUCCUGAGAUGUUCGCUGCUCAUUCUCUCCUAUCUGAGAUCUUCCUCGCUCGAGGAGAUAAAGAUAAAGCAGUCACGGCUCUUUUCAGCGGUGCUCACACCCGUCCACGUGAUCCUACCGUAUGGCACAAAGUCGCAAGACUGAUCCAAGAACGAGCUGGAGAGGACCGACAAAAGACCCUGAAUGAUAUGAUUUACUGCUAUAGUCGUAUCAUCGAGAUCGACGGAAAAGCGUAUAAUGCUCGAUUUCAAAGAGCUACCGCGUACCGUGAAUUAGGAUACAAUGGCAGAGCAGCAAGCGAAUAUGAACGCAUUCUCAAAGAGCUUCCUCACAAUAUCCGAGCUCUCCGACAUCUGGCCGAAACUUACAUUGAUAUGCAAGACGUUCAAAAAGCACUUGAUUACUAUCUGGUUAGCAUUGAUUAUUACAUGACCCUUGACAACGAUGAAAAUAUGGAAUUCUCCUGGUCAGAUGUGAACAUAUGCGCAGAGUUGUAUGCAUAUGUCGGGGAUCCCAGGAAAGGAUUGCAACUUCUAUCGUCAGUCUCAAGGUGGCUCCUCGGCCGAAAGGAUGAUACCAUGUGGGAUGCUUAUAUCGAUGAUGAUCGAGAAUGGGAUGCUGCUGAUUCACCUCGUCGUAUCAAGACCGAUGGUUUUAUACCCGACACUUAUCCCUUAGACUCAUAUGGGUUGGGACUGCCAAUGGAACUGCGCAUCAAACUAGGCACAUUUCGCCUGAAAUUGGGCGAUCGAUAUUUUGAAGAGGCAUUGGCACAUUUUGAGUGGCUUAGCCCGGAAGAUGAUUCAGAGACUUCCACAGUCUUUGACUACGCAGACCUUUAUAGGGAGGCUGCAGAUGCGUUGAAAGAUGCAGGCUUAUUUCCGGAGGCACUUCGCUUUUAUCGACCAUUACAGCUCACCGAGGAUUAUGCCGAUGUCAGCUUCUUCCUGGCCAUGGGUGAAUGUGCAUUUGCCUGCUCAGACCUCAGCCUGGCCGAAUCUUGCUAUCUCACAGUAGCGGAGAACGACCAUACAAACCUACAGUCUCGAGUCAAUCUAGCCAAACUCUAUGAGACGAUGGGCGAGAGAGACCAAGCCCUCUUUUACGUAAAUCAGGCGGUCUUAUUAGGUCGCGAAGCCAGGGGUCGCAAUCGAAGGAGUCGUAGGGAUCGUCGGAUAGCGCAACUCGCUAAAGAAUUUCAGGGUGAUACUCACAUCUCAACGCGCAUCGUGCCUAGGCAUUUGGCGAAUGAGGUAGCUCGGCACGAAACCUUGCAGGACAGUGAUGCAAACCGGCCGCAGCAGGUGCAGUAUCUGUAUUCAAAGAUGAAUGAUCUACGCCCGAACAUGCGGGCCGGCGAUUCUGCUGCGACAGAGGACUGGCUUGACAUUGCGGAUGCACUGUUAUAUGAUUUUCGGAGUAACCGCGCAUUUUAUCCUUUGCAGAAGCAUAUGAUAUUCCUUGGGUAUUCUCGGGAAGAGCAAAAAGGCGGGAAAAAGAAAGGAACGGUCAUGGAUGAAGUGCAGGAGGUGGCUGACCGAUUACAAGAAUGGCUUGGUCAAACCAACCCAGAAAUAACUCCGACAAGUAUUCCAAACGAUUAUUACGGAAUAUCAUUCGACGAAUGGUUUGAGAUGUUCCUCGAGUACGCCUUUGUUGUUUCCGGACAAGGCGACAAGGACGAAGCAUAUGAUAUUCUAGGCGCCGCUGUAGAUGCCAGUGUAUGGUAUCAUUACAAAGAUAAAGUACGGCAAAUUCACAUUUGCUGGUUUACGUGCGCUCUUCGUGCAUACGAUGAGGAAACACUAGUCAGCGAAGCGCGAUGGUUUACCAAAGAGUAUCAAUUCGUGACAGAUACCUACCGACUAUUCUCCAUUUUGAGCCGACUGUGCGGUGAUCCUAACAGAUCCCUCUUUCAUGCAUCGCCAAGCAUGAAGUUUAUGCUCCGACAAGUCAAAGCCAUGGACUCCACUUUGCCCGGAGACCAUCAUUUGACKAGGGCAUCAACCUCGAAAUCACUUACUACCAGACAGUCCACGGCAAAGGCAACGCGAGGCUCGAAAAAUCCUCCAAGUCAUGUGUCUUUGACUAACCGUCAAGACAACGGCGAUCUCACAACAGCAGACAACAUGGAUGUUGCUCUUCUAGUUUUGUAUGGCCAUAUCCUUUACUCAGGGAAUAGUUUCUACCCGGCUCUGAACUACUACUAUCGAGCAUAUGCACUCGACCCCGAAAACCCAGGGAUUUUGCUACCCAUCGCGCUAUGUUAUAUACAUCAUGCUCUUAAACGACAGGCGGAGAAUCGGCACUACCUCAUUCUGCAAGGGCUAUCAUUCAUGUCUUUGUAUCGAAAAGUGCGUUGUCAAGGGAAGAUCGAUCAAGAGGCCGCCACCGACGGCAACGAGGAAGCACAUAUUGAGGACUCGUCGCUCAGUCAAUGUCAAGAAGUAGAGUUCAACUAUGGGCGUGUUUAUCAUUCCCUAGGAUUGUUACACCAAGCUAUACCCUGUUACGAGCGUGUAUUGGAGUUAGGUGAGAGAAUCCAAACUGCUCAAAAAAACAGAAACGCUGGCACCAAAAAAGAUACAGGAAAGGCUCCAGAUAGCGAAAAGGAUAAUACACAACACAUUCUCGCCGAAGACUUCACGCCCGAAGCAGCUGUUGCUUUGCAGAAUAUCUAUGCGAUCAAUGGGAACGUAGCAGGAGCUCGAGAGAUAACUCAGAAAUAUCUUGUCAUUUGA